UUUGAAUCAGAUCCUCCCAUGUCAUAACGGUAUUUUAGAGAAAGAGAGUGAGAGUGAGAGCACUGUUCGCGGACUGCAAAUCUAUUCGAUGGAUUCAUCAAAGCGAUAGACUCAUCACUUCUGGAUUAUAUUGAUAUUCCUUCAGACGGUCUAUUUUUACAUGGGAAUGUUGUUUUUAGCGUGAAGUCGAUCAUUACACUUGUUUUUGCUGCGCAGCGAGAAUCCUGGAUAGAACAAUGAGACGGCAAGUACUGUUUUUCAUCUCGGUCCUUUCUCUGGCUUCCGUUCUCGGCCAAGUCAGCUACUCGAUUCCUGAGGAAAUGUCAAAGGGAUCUGUUGUGGGCAACAUAGCACGGGAUUUAGGUUUAGAUGUGAAAAGGCUAAAGUCAGGUAAAGCUCGUAUAUUUACGAGCGACGGCGCAGACUAUAUUGAGCUGAGCAGAGAAAGAGGCGUCCUCCUGUUGAAAGAAAGGAUAGACAGAGAGUCGCUCUGCAGGCAGACGACGCCUUGUGCUCUGCAUUUGCAGAUUAUUCUAGAAAACCCGAUGGAACUUUUUCGAAUAACAAUAGAGAUUACAGACAUCAACGACAACAGCCCGAGUUUUAAAAAUGAUGAGAAACGUUUUGAAAUCAGCGAAUCUGCAAUUACCGGGUCUAAAUUUGUGUUAGAAAGAGCGGUUGAUGCAGACAUCGGAAUAAAUGGCCUGAAAAAUUAUACCUUGAAACCUACAGAUAAUUUUGUACUGAAAAUAGAAGGUCAGGCAGAUGGAAAUAAAAAGGUGGAAAUGAUUUUACACAAGCCUUUAGAUCGUGAGAAAGAGGAGCAAAUAUCAUUGCUGUUAACAGCAGUAGAUGGAGGAGACCCUCAGAUGUCUGGUACAGUGAAGAUUUAUGUCACAGUGCUCGAUGUAAACGAUAAUGCUCCCGUUUUUACGCAGUCAGUGUACAAGGCAGCCAUAACGGAAAAUUCUCACAAAGGUACAACGUUAACAUCAGUGAGCGCUUCUGAUGCAGAUAAAGGAACGAACGGGGAAGUCUCUUAUUCUGUGUCUACUACUAUGGACAGCGUGUCUGAUAUAUUUACAAUUAGUGAAAACGGCGAAGUCAUACUCGUUGGUGAAGUUGACUUUGAAAAAGCCAAAUAUUACCAAAUUGAUAUUGAGGCUAAAGACAGUGGUGGCCUUUCUGAUUCCAGUAAGAUUAUAGUUGAUGUCAUUGACAUUAAUGACAAUAAGCCUGUAAUCAGUAUACUUUCCAAAUCUGAUUCAAUCCCAGAAGACUCUCCCCAUGGUACAGUUAUAGUUAUGUUCAGUGUCUUUGACCCAGAUUCAAGUAACAAUGGUCAAGUGAACUGCAGAAUAAAUGGUAACAUUCCGUUUACAAUUAUAACGUCUUCAAACGACUUCUACAGUUUAGUGACAGACAGUGGUUUAGACAGAGAGAGAGCCUCUGAGUAUAACAUCACUGUGACCUGCUCUGAUGAAGGAGUCCCCUCCCUCUUCAGCAGCGUCACUCUCACCUUACAGAUCUCUGAUGUAAAUGACAAUGAGCCUGUCUUUGAGAGGACCUCAUAUGAGGCCUACAUUGUAGAAAACAACACACCAGGUGUGUCUGUAUUCACAGUGAGAGCCACAGAUGCUGACUGGAACCAGAAUGCUCGUGUUUCUUACAUUCUGGAGGACUCCUCUGUCAACGGAGUGCCAGUCUCCUCAUAUGUGUCCGUCAGUGCUGAUAGUGGAGUCAUCCAUGCAGUGCGCUCUUUUGACUACGAGCAGAUCAAAGACUUCAAGUUCCGAGUGAAAGCUCAGGAUGGAGGCUCUCCUCCACUCAGCAGCAACGUGACAGUGAAAAUGAUGAUCCAGGACCAGAACGACAACCCUCCUCAGGUCCUGUAUCCAGUCCAGACUGGUGGCUCUGUGGUGGCUGAAAUGGUUCCUCGUUCAGCAGAUGUGGGCUAUCUGGUGACCAAAGUGGUGGCUGUUGAUGUGGACUCUGGACAGAAUGCGUGGCUGUCGUAUAAACUGCAGAAGGCCACAGACAGGGCUCUGUUUGAAGUGGGCUCCCAGAAUGGAGAGAUCCGAACCAUCCGCCAAGUGAGUGAUAAAGAUGCAGUGAAACAGAGACUGAGUGUUAUAGUGGAGGACAACGGGCAGCCCUCUCGUUCAGCUACAGUCAUUGUGAACGUGGCGGUGGCGGACAGCUUCCCUGAAGUUCUGUCGGAGUUCAGUGACUUUCCACACGACAAGGAGUACAAUGACAACCUGACUUUUUACUUAGUGUUGGCUCUGGCUGUGGUCUCCUUCCUCUUCAUCACGUGUUUGGUGGUUAUUAUCUCAGUGAAAAUCUACAGAUGGAGACAGUCUCGCAUCCUGUAUCAUUCCAACCUGCCUGUCAUUCCAUAUUAUCCUCCACGUUACUCAGACACUUUGGGGACAACAGGGACUCUCCAACACGUGUACAAUUACGAGGUGUGCAGGACGACAGACUCCAGAAAGAGUGACUGUAAGUUCGGCAGAGCUGGUAGUCAGAACGUGCUGAUAAUGGAUCCCAGUUGUUCAGGGACGAUGCAGCGGAUGCAGAGUGAGAAGAGCAUCCUGGAUGAACCAGACUCUCCUCUAGAGGUUAGUCUCAUCAAACAAAACAUGGUUAUAUCUGUCUAUUAUGGGGCAUACUGAAGUAUGGAUCUGCAA